AUGUCAGACGUUCCUACAAAUGCCAAUGAAGGAUGUCCGGGAACGGGAAGUGCGGGAGCCGGAAAAGCUUCUGGAUGUGCUGGAUGUCCUAAUCAGAGUUCGUGUGCCACUGGUCAAGGUCCAAAGCCUGAUGCGGACAUUCCAUUCAUUCAAGACAGAUUCAGCAAAAUUAAGCACAAGAUUUUGAUUCUCAGUGGUAAAGGAGGUGUUGGAAAAAGUACAUUGACUUCGAACUUGGCUAGAGCUCUAGCUCUUGAUCAAACAAAACAAGUGGCUAUCCUCGAUGUUGAUAUUUGCGGACCAUCUCAACCACGAAUGAUGGGUGUUGAAGAUGAGGAGGUCCACAAUAGUGCUGAUGGUUGGACUCCGGUUGGAAUUCAGCCAAACUUGACUUUAAUGAGUAUUGCGUUUUUACUUGGUAAUAAGAACGAUGCUGUGAUUUGGCGAGGCGCCAGGAAGAAUGGAAUGAUCAAACAGUUCUUGAAGGAUGUCGAUUGGGGAGAAGUCGAUUAUUUGCUGAUUGAUACUCCACCAGGAACUUCUGAUGAGCAUAUUUCGCUGGUUCAAUACUUGUUACAAGCUGGCCCAUUGGAUGGAGCUUUGAUUGUAAGCACACCACAAGAAGUAUCGCUUCUUGACGUGAGAAAGGAGGUGAGCUUCUGCUUCAAAACCAAGGUUCCGAUCCUUGGUGUUGUCGAGAAUAUGGCUCGAUUCGUUUGCCCAAACUGCGCGCAUACUACUCUUCUGUUCCCGAAUUCCACCGGUGGCGCGGAAAAAAUGUGCGCUGAUGCGAAUCUCGAGCUUCUUGCUCAACUUCCUUUGGAACCCGCUCUUGCUAAGGCCGUCGACAAUGGCGAGGACUUUUUUGAGACCAAUCCAGAUUCAGUAUUGGCCAAAUCUUUCAAGGAAUUGGCUGAGAAGGUCAAAGAAAAACUUGCAUGA